UAAUUUGUGUGUGGUUGUCUGUCACUGUGUUUCUGCCUUUGCUCGCAUUGGUUCGAGCUAUUCUCUUUUGUCGCUUGUGUAUUUUUUUUUUGUGUGUUUUUUUGUCGAUCGAAUUGUUUGGUUGUCCACACAUUGGGCUUUGUCUAACUUAAUUUGGGCCCUUCAUUCCAAAGAAUUUGAUUACCAAAUUUAAUAGUGAUUGUUUGGAAAUUGAAUUGCUGACCACAAAUAACAGUGCAAACGAAACCAAGUCAAUAGUCAAUUUGAGUGAUUACCACGAUGAGUGACGAUCGCACUGAUCCGUAUGGUCAACAAAAACAAUCACAGCGCUAUAAACGACAAAGAACCGCAUCGGCAACAGAAACGUCAUCAUCGUCGAAUUUGAAUCAAGAAACCGGAGGUGGUUCUGCUAAUAUGUCAGCUACCCCUUCAGCAUCAACAUCUGGAUCUCGAACUACUCGAACAACAAUGGCCACGACCAAUAAUCAUCAUCAAAACCAUAAUCAUAACUCUACCACAUCCACAUCAUCAUCAUCAUCAUCCAAUAAUGAUAGUUCAGGAACGGCGAGCAUUAAACAGAAUGGCGAUAGUGCCAAGGACGGCAAUAGUAAUAAAACAAAGCCGUUGACUAAGGCACUAAGUACAAGUGCCAAAAGGAUACAGAAGGAGCUUGCAGAAAUUACCCUUGAUCCGCCACCCAAUUGCAGUGCCGGUCCAAAAGGCGAUAAUCUCUAUGAAUGGGUAUCCACCAUUCUUGGACCUCCUGGUUCUGUAUACGAAGGUGGUGUGUUUUUUCUGGACAUUCAUUUCUCAUCAGAAUAUCCAUUUAAACCACCAAAAGUGACAUUUCGUACACGUAUAUAUCAUUGCAAUAUUAAUAGCCAAGGUGUUAUAUGUCUGGAUAUAUUAAAAGAUAAUUGGAGUCCUGCAUUGACAAUAUCAAAAGUAUUGCUAUCGAUUUGUUCAUUGCUUACUGAUUGUAAUCCAGCCGAUCCUCUGGUAGGUAACAUUGCCACUCAAUACAUCAACCACCGGGAAGAGCAUGAUCGAAUCGCACGGCUUUGGACAAAACGUUAUGCUACCUAGAUAAAGGAAUCAAGAUGCAAAAUACAAUCUGCCAGUAUACACGAACACACACACACAUGCUAUCCUAACAUUCAGGACUAAUUGGUCCAUUUUACACUAAUUAGGUCUCUUUGAAUUUCUUAUAUAUCCAUCGAUUCUUAUCCUUUUUAUUUCGAAGUUUGAUAUGACACAUGCACAAAUGAUCGCACUGAU